AUGAAAAAUCUCUCUCCACUCACUCAUCGAGUUGUUACUCCUCAAACAAUGCGAGUGCAGGCUAAGGUAAUUGGGGUCAUCCUCAUUGUCCUCAUAGAUUUGGGGUCAACCCAUAACUUCCUACAUGAACGGGUGGCGAGGGUUACUGAAAUUUUGAUUGAAUCAGCUUUGUCCAUGAAAGUGAUGAUUGCUAGUGGUGAUCCAUCUUUCAUUACUGGCCAUGUAAAACCUAGAUUUAAGCUCUUUCGUUGUCGUGUCGGCAUGCCGAGCUCGAUAUCAAGAUGUUAUAGUCUUGAUCGUCAACACGACCUACACCUCGACCUCGCGUUCUUUCCCAUGAGCUAUUUUGAAGAGGCAAAGUAG